AUGGAAGAAGAACACCAAAAGCUCAAGAAAAUCAAGCUUCCGCAACCAGAAAAGAAACUGGCACACAAGUCAAUGAACAAAGACUCAGAUUCUGUGGACAAUAAUUUAGAUGAAACAAAGACUCGCCUGAAUUCAAUUGAUCAUGACAAGGUCUCUGAUAAGAAUCCAAGGUUUGAGCAAGAAGAUUUUGAAAAUGUAGUGACGUACUUAUCCAAACCUGAAAAGUUCAAGUUGAUCUAUGGUCCAGGCAAAAAAACAACAGUGACUGGUCAGACAAUGAAUUGUAAUACAUCUUUGAACACUUUCGCCACUCACAUCAAUGGCUUUUUGGGAAAGGAGUCUGAGGAUGUGGAUCAUACUGCAAAAUCAACCGAAGAAGGUGAUGUCAUUCUUGAAGAAAACAACAAUGACAAAAGUUGCGCGAAGACACUAACUGUGUUGGACUUCAUAUAG